AUGCUUGCGUCAUUUGAAUCCCAAAAUAUUCACGCCAUUUUAGUUUCAGAAUCUUGGCUAAAACCCUGUCUGCCUUCCACUUCUUAUUCUUUGCCUGGGUUUCAUCUAAUUAGAAAUGACCGCACUAAUAGGGGUGGUGGGGGCGUGGCGAUCUAUCUAAGAUCCUACCUUCCAUUUAAAAUUGUUAGUUCGUCAAGUCAACCACCUCCUGUUGAUUCUGCUGAGCAUUUGCUGGUUGAGGUCUCCCUGUCUCAGAAUAAAAUCCUACUUGGAGUUUUCUACAGUCCCUCCCUUUCUAUAAAUUAUUUUACUUCUUUUGAAUCUCUUUUAGAAUCACUAGUCCCUACGUAUAGUCACACUAUUUUGAUGGGUGACUUUAACACCUGUUUGCUUAAAGGCGACAAUCGAUCUAUAAAACUUGAAGCUAUAAUUGAAGCGUGUAAUAUGCAAAUCCUACCCCUUUCUGCUACUCAUAACUUUCCUAACAGUACUCCUUCCCUUCUUGACUUAAUAAUGGUGUCAUCUUCCAAUUUAGUUUUCAAGCACGGACAGUGCCCUGCUGAUGCAUUCUCUUAUCACGAUUUAAUUUUUCUUUCGUAUAAACUACGCCCUCCUAAAAUCAAACCCAAAUUAGUUCUGCGACGUAAUUUUGGAGGAAUGGAUAUUGAACAACUUUGUGAAGAUGCUUAUAAUAUUGACUGGUCAGUGAUCGAGAGAGCUCCAUGCAUUGACGAUAAAGUGGAACUGUUCUGUUCUCUUCUCACUCAGCUUUAUGACGUCCACGCGCCAAUGCAUUAUGUGAGACUUAAACACCUACCUGCUCCAUGGCUCUCUGAUGAUCUGAAGAAGCUUAUUUUGCAGAAGAAUGCGGCAUUGUCAAAGCUUAAGAGGAAUAAAACAGAGGAAAACGUAAGGAAAUACGCCAAAAUCAGGAAUCGAUGCAACACAUUGUGUAGAGAUGCGCAACGACGCCAUAUUCAUACAUCAGUCGAGAACGGCGACUCAUCUAGGGUGUGGAAGUUUCUCAAAACAGUUGGAGUUGGUAGAACAUCCCUAAAUACUUCACCUCCUAGUGUUGAUUUUGAACUAUUAAAUCAACAUUUUUCUAAUCCUUCUAACUCUUUUGAUAGCGAACAUAAACUGCAAACACUUCGUUCGCUUUCUGUAAUUCCGACUCCUAAUUAUCCUCCGUUCGUUUUUAGUCAGUUUACUGAAUGUGAUGUUAAGAAGACCAUAUUAUCCAUCUCCUCAAAUGCUGCCGGUAGCGACAACAUUAGCCGUAAUAUGAUUGUUCCUCUCCUUGAUGUUAUUACUCCCAUUAUCACUUAUUUACUCAAUGCUUGUGUCUCUUCCUCUAAAUUCCCUCAAGCCUGGAAGAGUGCUCAUAUUAUACCCCUUCCAAAGAAAUCUAAUCCCGUCAACCUCUCUGAUUUCCGUCCCAUCUCGAUCUUACCUUUCCUUUCUAAAGUCCUUGAAAAACUUAUUUGCCAACAGCUGACCCUUUUCCUUAAUAAGCACAAUUUAUUGAAUUCCUUACAAUCCGGUUUCCGUCCAGGUCAUAGUACGGCUACUGCCUUAAUCAAAGUUACUGAUGACAUACGGUGGGGUAUGGAUAAUAAACAACUCACAGUCAUGACCUUGCUGGAUUUCACGGACUGUGUGCGAGGACACGCAGAGGUGCUACGCCAGGCGGGAUACCUUCGUCUGAGCACAGGUUCUACAACCAGUCGUCGUCUACACGCUGUCUAUCGUUUACUGGUUUUUUCUAUUACACUCCUCUAUCUGCUGCAGGAAUGUUUUUACGCAUACCAGGAAAGAGGAGAUAUGGUGAAAUUAUCACGUGUCAUGUUUCUACUUCUUUGUCACGUCACUUCUAUUGCUAAACAAUACGUUUUUCACGUGGACGCUGAUCGAAUUGACGAGUUGAUUGCUGGUUUAAAUGAGCCAUUGUUCAAUUCAAGCUCAGGAGCAUCAAAACCGCUUUUAUUAAAAACAGCGCUACACGCGGACCGGCUGCGGCGCGGAUACGCCGGUACCGCAGUGUUAACGUGCACUCUCUGGGCCGUGUUCCCAGUGCAAAUGCACGCACGGGGCCUUGCCGUGGAAUUUCCAUUGUGGACUGGGAUUGAUACUUCGCAUUCAAUUGGUUUCGCGGUUGUGCUGUUGUAUACAUACUACGUCACUACGCUGGUGGGGAUUGCUAACACUACUAUGGACGCAUUUAUAGCAGCUGUGUUAUAUCAGUGCAAAACACAAUUGAGAAUUCUCAGUAUCAAUUUCCAAAACCUACCGGACAGAGCACUUGCAAUAAGCAAAGAAUCCGGAGAAAACAGAGACAUCGUCCUGAGGAAACUGUUUGUAGAUUGUUGGAUACAUUACCAAAAAACUACUGAGACUGCUUGGCAAUUACAAGAUAUAUUCGGUACUGCGGUAUUGAUUCAGUUUGGUAUUGGAGGCUGGAUUCUAUGUAUGGCUGCGUAUAAACUUGUCAGUCUCUCCGUACUCAGCAUAGAAUUUGCCUCGAUGGCGCUAUUCAUCAGCUGCAUCCUUACGGAGUUGUUUCUCUACUGUUACUAUGGAACCGAGCUGACAGAUGAGAGCACCCGUAUAGUAAACUCUGUUUACUCAAUGGAGUGGUUGGACAGACCGUUGAAGUUCAAGCGUUUGUUGGUGCUACUGAUGUUGCGUGUGGACCGCCCGAUCCGACCCGCGGCCGGACUGAUCAUACCGCUGUCACUCGAUACCUUCAUUAAGAUCUUAAAGUCUUCGUACACUUUCUACGCUGUACUGCGGCAGACAAAGUAA